GCAGCGGCUCAUAUAAGACGCAACUCGUUCCACUUGCCGUGCAACAGUUUCUUAUUAAACGCCAGGCAAGUAGGACACACACUCAUCUCGAAUGCUCAACACAUCGGCGACGACUGUGGGCAGCUGUCUGCUGCUGAUGCUAAUACUAGUGCUGCUGCAACUGGGCGUGGCCAUGCCCUGGUGGCAUCGGAACGAUGCGGGCUACGAUUCUAGCUUGGAUCCCGUUGCCUGGUCUCGGGCCUUCGUUCAGGAUCAAGUUCGCAAGCCGCGCAUCAGUCAGCCGAUGCCAUUGCCGCAGCUGGAGCAGCACCGGCGCAGCUGGUCAAUUGGAUUACGUUUCAAGACCAAAUCCCGCCAAUGCGCAGGCGGUAAAAACAUAUGCAAACAUGAUGUAAGCGAGCCCCAAACGCCACACAACCAGCUAAAGACCUAG